CGAUUUUGAUCAAAUGAGAAAAAGAGUGAGUGAUCUCCCAUGGCUAAAGCAAGGAAGAAAGGGCCAGAUCUUCCACAGGAAAUCAUCGCUGAGAUACUCUCCAGGUUACCCAUCAAAUUGCUUUUCCGAUGUAAGAUUGUCAGCAAAUCGUGGAAAGCUAUAAUUGAAAACCCAAACUUCAUUAUCUCCGGCGGUACCAGAAGAGGAGGAGGAAUUGUGGGCUACCUCAUAAUCCCAGUAAUAAUUUUACAGAUGUUGGAAGUAAGCGAAUGUACUUCUACUCCAUAAACGAUAAACUCUCUAUCGAAAGGCUUCCAGAUCCGUUUGGUGAAGUCCCAUCUCGUUAUGGAGAUUUCCGAAUCUUCCGGCAUCUGUGAGGGUUUGAUUCUGUUUUGGGCUGCUGUAUCAAUGUAUUUAUGGAAUGGAAUCCGUCGAUGGUUUGGUGCCGGAAAAUGACCCAAAUUGAACGAUUUGGCAGGAAGAUUCCGGCGGGCUGAAUUCAGGGGAGUUUAUGGAUUUUGCUUUGACAAAUCCUCUGACGAUUACAAAGCUGCUUUGGUAACUAAUUCUAGCCCACCUGUUUAUGUUACUAGCUUAAGGAGUGGAGAAACACGCACGGACAUUGGAUUUCCUUUUAAAUUACCAUCACCAGAAAGAAAUGUUGCCCUGUUGCCAACUUCAGGAGGAGUUUUGAUGAAUGGUCAUUUGCAUUGGCUGGUAAAAAGGGGUCAGUCACAGGUGAUUGUGUAUUUUGACGAGGAGAUGAAUGUUUUCGAGGAAUUGCCAAUGCCGGAGAAACAACAAGAAUGUAAUGAUGGCAAGAGAACGUUCUGUUUCGGUCUUGCUGUUUUGUAUGGAUGCUUAUGCAUAUCUCAAGUUCCAGUUGGGACCGUAGACAAGGUGAAUGAUGUUUUGAUUAUGAGAGAAUACGGCGUGCAACGCUCUUGGACCAAACUGUUUCAGCCUUCGAGGACAAUUUGUGCCCCUCCAUACCAGACUUUCUGAAAAAGAAAACAAUGUGUUGGUUUUCAGGACGGGUUUUAUGUUUUUAUAAAUUCGACUUGGGAAAGAAGUGCCAUAAGGGCAUUCAGUGCCCACCUUCAAACCUGCUACCGGAGAUUAGGCGCAAUUAGGAGAAUGAUAGUGGUCCACUGUCCCAACAAGGUGGUCAAGAUGGCCGGAAAAUGAAGCUUGUCAUGAGCAUGGCAUGCUGGUCCUUUAAUGUACACGGAAAAAGUUUGGCAUCGCCGGAUUCGAUUUAGAAGUUACAAGAAAGCUGGAUGAUUUGGUGGUAGUUAAAGGAAGAUGUUUUUGUCCUUGGUCGAACAACAUUUUUGUCUUGUUAUCCUUGUUUUUGUUCCUUUUCCAUUCAUGAGCAUUCAGUAACACAAUGCAUACUCUUUUGUGUUCUGAUGGGAUAACUCUAAACUAACUGUUGAUUAAAGGAUUGUUAGGAUAGUUAUUUGGUUAUUAUUUGCUCAUAUAUCCCAGACUUACGCAUGUUUCAAUAUUUGUACUUCGCAACACCA